GACGUCAUCAGUUGGCCGGUUUGUGGCUCUUGCAAAGUCGCUUGGCGGCGGCGGCGGCCCCGUGUGUGCCGUCGGAGGUGUGUUUGUCCCGGAGGUCUUGCCCGAAGAUGGCAGCCCUCAGAGCGCUCCUCGAGGUUCCCGGCGGCCGCAUGCAGCGGCUGUGCCGCAUCGGGACCGUGGGCUUCGACUGCCAGCACCGCUGGAAGAGCAGCAGCGUUGCCGCCGUGCCGCUGUCCAAAGCCGAGGUGCCGCCGCAGUGGGAUCCCCUCGAUCUGAGCUUCAGCGAUGCCAGGACGGCGUACAAGAGCAAGAGCACCUGGGAGCUGAUCAGGGCGUACAUCGUGCUCAAGCUCAGCUCCAGCAACUACAUCGUUAGCCACCACCAGCAGCUAAUGCAAGUGGGCCAGCGGGUGCUGGGGCGGCGCCUGUUCCGGCUGGUGAUGCGGCACACCUUCUACGGCCACUUCGUGGGCGGGGAAUCGGCCGACGCCAUCCAACCCCUGGUCAAACGGUUGCGCUCGUUCGGCGUCAAGUCCAUCCUGGACUACAGCGCCGAGGAGGACCUCUCGGAGCAAGAAGCCAAGCAGGUCGAGAUGGCAGGCUGUAUCUCCCAGGCCUCAUCUAAGGAAGAGUUGCCAGCUGGGCAGCUGAAGCAGUUCCAGCCAAGCGAGCAGUUUGCGGAUCGCAGGCACCCGCACGUCAUGGCACGCACCUACUUCUACCUCAACGAGGCCCAGUGUGAGAAGAACAUGGACACCUUUCUGAAAUGCAUCGACGCCGUCGCAGAUGCCACCAAGGGCACCGGACUGGCAGCCAUCAAGUUGACAGCCUUGGGACGGCCUCAGCUUCUGAUCCAGCUGAGCGAAGUGGUGGUGCACACGCGCAAGUUCUUCCGGGAGGUGACCGGGGCAGACAAGGCGAUGGCCCUGUCCGCGGUGACGCCGUCGAACAUUGAGCAGAAGGUGCAGGUGUCGCCCAGCGAGAGGAAGGCGUUUGAGCAGUGGCUGCAGAGGAUGGACUUCGACCGCAACGGCCUGAUGAACAUCUUCUCUUGGAGCGGCCUGGUGGACACCAACCACUUUAUCUCGGAUCUCUUCAAGGUUCCCAACCUGCAGACGGGACGGAUGGAGCCCAUCAUUUCUGCCCUGACCGAGGAAGAAGAGGAGAUGUUCCGCAACAUGAUGCGCCGGGUCCACACGAUAGCCAGGACAGCCCAGGAGAAGGGUGUGCGGGUGAUGGUGGACGCAGAGCAGACAUACUUCCAGCCAGGCAUCAGCCGCAUCACCAUGGAGCUGAUGCGCAAGUACAACCGGGAGAAAGCAAUCAUCUUCAACACGUACCAGUGCUACCUACGCACCACCUAUGAUCACGUGGUGCGAGACCUGGAGCUGGCCCGGCGCCAAGGCUUCUUCUUCGGUGCCAAGCUGGUUCGGGGCGCCUACAUGGAGCAGGAGCGCCUGCGGGCCAAGACCCUGGGCUACGAGGACCCCAUCAACGCCACCUACGAAGACACCAAUGCCACCUACCACAAAACCCUGACAGAGUGCCUCAGGCAGGUGGCACAGCAGAAGGAGCGCAAGACCAUCGCCAUCAUGGUGGCAUCCCACAACGAGGACACCGUCCGUUUUGCGGUCAAGCAAAUGCAGGAGCUGGGCAUCCAGCCUGCGGACAAGGUGGUCUGCUUUGGCCAGCUGCUGGGCAUGUGCGACCAGGUCAGCUUCCCCCUGGGCCAGGCAGGCUACUCUGUGUACAAGUAUGUGCCCUACGGUCCCAUCGACGAGGUCAUACCGUACCUGUCACGGCGUGCCGUCGAGAACCACAGCCUGCUGCAGAAGGUUGGCAAGGAGCUGGGGCUGCUGCGACGAGAGAUCGGCCGCCGUCUGCUCACGGGGCAGCUGUUUUACAAGCCGCGGGGAAACUACACUCCGAUCUAGAGGGAACGGGCACUGCGCCGCCAGUGGUGCCUUCUGUCAAGGAUGCCGUCCACUAGUCCUCUAGUCGCCGCAGGCCCCACAGGUUACGCUGCAGAGAGCCACACUGGCCACCUCUGCGACAGUUUUCAGACGACGCCGGGUGCUGGCGCGAAGCGGAGCUCUACCGUCGGGACCUCGACACAAUUUUUAUUUUUAUCUGCGGUCUCAUUUUGCUGACAGUGACAGGCUGUGCCGCAUUGUUGGCGUGUGCCAACAAUGGGGCUAACGGUUGUGAGGCUACAGAAUCUCGCUGCAAUGUCCAGCUCGAUGUACUUGCCGAACGGCCACAUACACGGCGAAUGGCCAUGCCCUCGCACACAUUUUUCGCCUUUUGCGCCUACGAAGCACAAAAACUAUGGCCCGACUUUCCGGGGCUGCGACAAAUGCUUAUAAAAGAGUCUCGCAUUGAGUAGAAUGUUGCUGCAAUCUACCGUAUCUCCAUACGGAAUCUCGCAUUUUAUAUUAUUGGUGGCUGAAGCAGUUUUUGUAUAUGGUGAAGAAGUCUUGUUUUGCUUUUGUUCAGAAGCUGCUGCGCAUUUUUUUAUUCGGAGGCUUUGAUGGAUCGUGAUGACAAUAAAUGGUUAUUUAGAUGCACACAACGGGUUGUUUGAUAGUAUCGGGGUGCUUUGAUGACCUUUGUUGCAUAUCUCCGAGACUUCUCAAGUGGUGCACGUGCCAGACCAGACAAUCUUACAUCUGGUCGAGUACCUGCACAAAUAAGCACGCAGAAAAUCUUGAGUUGCAGAAUAUGGUGACACGCAGCUAAACCUCAUACAUAGGCUAUGUUGCUUUCAAUUAAACCAAUAAAAGAGUGCCAAAUUCCUGUCUCAAAAUUCAGUUUUAACCGAAAAAGGCUGAUAUUUUUAGAGCUUUACAGCUUAAGAGAAUGGGCGUUAAGGAGGAAAGGUUCAUCAUCCUGCGAUCUUGAGAUGCACUUUCUUAUUGGGUUGUCAGCUCAUCAUUGGGACUGCCAUUGGUAUUGUUGGGAAAGGAUUGAACAAUUCACACCACCUCCUUGGGAUGCGGUGAGCUCAAAGGUUGAUAUACAGAAUCGGCUUCUGCCAGGAAGAAAACCGGUUCCUUCUCCCUGUUCCCUCUCUCCUCCUCUCCCCAGUCUGAGCUACUCCCCACUGAAAGGAGGGUCUACCUCUUUCUCGAAUGGAAAGGAGGAAUUGAGGCAAAGUUUUCUCCCUUCUGCUCGGCCUUUAAUUUGCAGAUGAAAGUUUGGUGGUGGUUCUUCAUUACAAACCAGAAAGGGGAAAUAAAAUGUUGAGUUCAAA